AUGAACUUACCGGUCAGCUAUUCACUUACCCUGCUCAUUUGGAGCGUUGUUGGGGCCUCUGCAAGUCACAUACUUGGCGUAUUUGUGAACGUGCAUCGGUCGCAGUUGCUCGUCCAUUUGGCGGUGGCCCGUGUGUUGUUGCAGCGUGGCCAUCAGCUGACACUGGUCACCACAUUGCCACUGGAGGAUGAUUGGCUGACAGCCGAUUCAAGCGCUCGAAUCACUCACUUUUUGGUACCUUGGCAGCUGCCGUCAAAAAAGGAACAAAAGCUGUUCGAAUCCACUGACAAUUUUGUGACACGCCUACAGUGGACACUCUCACAGCUGGAACUCUCUGGUGAACUGCUGAGUCAACUAGCUUGGCUGCACUUUAUGCAACAUGUGCCCAAACCUCGUUAUGAUUUGUUGCUGCUUGGCUAUCACUUCAAUGAACAUCUUCUGGGCGUCGCUGCCCACUUUGAUUGCCCUGUGGUCAUCAUACACACCCAGCAGCCCAUUGGGUUUAUCCACAGUCUGAUGGCCAAUCCUGAGGAACGUUGGUACGUUCCGCAGCCCUAUGACAGUCGCCAACGAAUUGGUUUUGCCGGCCUUCUCUUUGGCCUGUGGGAGAAGUUCUCAGAGUUUCUUGCCAGGAAAGUUAUGCAACGUAUUUAUAGCACUCAUUUUCCAUCGCCUCGCUAUCCUAGCUUUGAGGUAAUGCGUCGUCGCGUUGUCCUGGCCCUAAACAAUCAUCACAUGAUUAGCGAGGGUCCCAUAGCGCCUUUGCUGUCCAGCAUGUUGGACAUCGGGGGCAUUGCUGUGGAGCAGUCAACUGUUGACAGUGCACUGGCAAUGAGAUUAGCCAACCGACCGUUCAUCAUUUUCAGCCUCGGCACGCGUUUUACAUGGCGCACAGCGUCCAUCCAUUUGGAGCAGAGCUUUGCGGAGGCUUUUGCCCAGUUGGCGGAGUAUGACAUUUACUGGACUUACGAUGGCAGCAAUGCGAGCGGUAUUAACUUGACACACACUCACAUUAAGCUGGCCAAAUGGUGGCCACAGACAACGCUUUUAGGCCAGCCUGAAGUACGGCUAUUCAUCACGCACGGUGGCAAAGGUAGCCUUAGUGAGGCACUGCAUCAUGGAGUUCCCUUGCUGGGCUUGCCACUGGUGGGGGAUCAGCGAGCAAAUCUACGUAAAAUGCAAAACAAGGGUUGGGGAUUAACCCUCGACAUGCAUAAUAUCAGCCAAGUGGAGUUGUUGAAUGCCAUCAAACGAUUGUUAACUGUCGCUGAAUUUAAGGACAACAUCAAGAGGGAUUCCUUACUGUAUCGGGAUCGUCCUUUAAAUGCCAGCUACCUGACUGCCUAUUGGCUGGAGUAUGUAAUAAGGCAUAAAGGCGCACGGCAUCUAUAUAGUCCCGCCAGGGAACUUAACUUCUGGCAGUAUUACUUGCUGGAUGUGCGGCUUCUCCUCUAUGGAUCGUCGGGCAUUAUCGCUUGGACAGUACUCUGGUUGGAAAGAACAAUACUCACAAUAUAGACACAUCUGCGAUCGCUGACUAGCUGUAUCGUUUAAUCGUAAUAUAUAGUAAGUAUAGUUUAUAGUUGAAGCUUAUACACG